AGAAGGUGUACGUCAGCCGGGACCGGACUGCUCAGAGGGAGGAAGACCAGAGGAUGAAGAAAAAGGCCGCCCUCCUGGCUGCUGCCCUCGGUAGAUCCAACCCAUCCAGGCGGCCCAGACCCCCACAAAAGGGGGGAACCAGAGGAUGGGCACCCUUGGCAAGAGACCAGUGCGCCAAUUGCAAAAGGUUUGGCCAUUGGAAGAAUGAAUGUCCCCACAAGGGAAGUGGGAUAGUGCGGCCUAGAUCCCCACGAAAGGGGGGAACCAGAUGGGUGCCCCUGGCAGGAGACCAGUGUGCGAAUUGCAAAAGGUUUGGCCACUGGAAGAAUGAAUGCCCCCACAAGGGAAGUCGGAUAGUGCGGCCUGGAACCCCACGAAAGGGGGGAAACAGAGGGCGGGUGCCCCUGGCAAGAGACCAGUGUGCCAAUUGCAAAAGGUUUGGCCACUGGAAGAAUGAAUGUCCGCACAAGAGAAGUCACCUGUUGCAAAGGAGGGCCCCGUUCAGGACAACCCAACAGAAACUGGAAGCCCAAGAGCUAGUGGGGCUCGCUGGCAUUGAGUCCGAGUUGGGCCAACCAGGUUCCUUCAGCCCUCAGGAACCCACAGUCAAGAUGGAAGUAGGGGGCCAACAGAUGACAUCUGUGGACACUCAGUUGUGAUAAGGCACGAGGUCC